AUGUCGACCAAGCCUACAUUCUUCAUCAACGCCUCCACGUCUUCCCCAGAAGAAGCAAAAGUCUUCUACACUGCCCUGGGCUUCACCCCUGCCGAAUGGUGCGACGUCCCAACCACGAAGGCCUUGAAUCUCCCUGCCCCAAAUGAGAACAUUUGCCUCAUGGUACAUGCCGUCGACUGCUUCAAAAAAUUUAUCCCCCCGGACGCUACUGUCGCCGACCCCGCCAAGACCAAUGAGACGCUUCUGACCAUCGCCGUUAACUCGCGCGACGAGGUGGACGCCCUCCUCGCCAAGGCCGUCGCUGCUGGCGGCAAGAGCGAUCCCUACACGAUGAAGGACCACGGGGCUGAGAUGGGCAUGUACGUCCGCAGCUUUACCGAUCUGGACGGGCACCUGUGGGAGGCCUUUUUCAUGGAUUGGCAAAAGGCCGAAUAG